AGCUGACAAUAAACAGUGUUUUCAAUGAGUGGUUUUCGCCAGUUGGGUGGACUUUAUCCAAGUCUGAACCCGUCCUACACGCCCCCAAUUGCGGUCACUGGUGCUCAAUGGCCGGUCUUGGCCUGUGCAUGAUGACGGCCCGUUUCGAGUUUCCCCGAAGUCCACCCUCUGACGCAUCGCCCGCACUCAUCGAGGCCUAUCAAUCGUGGCGGAGCUCAGCCCAAUUCUUGUCCCGCCCGCCCUCGGAGUGCCCCGCCUGUCACGCUCCCAUCGUGCUCAAUCACAUUGACCGAGCCGGCCAAUCGAUCUUCACUUGUCAAAACGCGGAGUGUCCUUGGCCCUUCAACGUAUAUGAUCCGGCUCACUAUUCCGGACGAAGUGAUCCUCAACUCUACUUGAAGUGGUCAGAACUGCAUCUUCAACAUGUCCCACGAAACCCAAAUCCAGCAUCUGCAGCAAAACCUGUUGCAACGUCCAAAUCAUUAUCUGACACAGUAUCAAAAACAACACCAACACCAAGCCCAGCUCCUUCCGACUUGGAAAUCGGUGCUAGACCUGGGCCUGAUCUCGGUUCAAAGCCAUCAAGUUCUCGCAUCACUGAGAUUCCCUUGCCGUUGGAUUCAAGGUCAGCGUCUCAGAAGCCGCCCCAACAUGUCAAGUCUGGCGUGGUUGAUGAUGGGACCCAAUCUGAGGAGACGAUUAAUAAUUGUCGCUCUGGACCAGCCAAAGAUGAGCCUAACUCCAGCAUCGAUGUCAAUGAGUCGGGUCCGAGACAGCCUCCUUCGAAGCUCGCAUCGAUUUUUGAUGACUUAGAUUUAAGCGAAGAUGACGACGGAGUGGCGGCCGCACCCGCGGACGUUCAUUCGGGUUCCAAUCCAAAUCCAGUACGACCAGUCUCAGACAAUAGCAUUCCAGCCCCCUCUCCAGCUCGAUCGCUCUUGAGUGAAGAGGACUUUGGGUUUAUGUCACCCUUCUCCGGACAGAGUUCGCCGUGGUCGCCCCGGGGAGGCGUGCCACCCUCGCCGAGGACGAGUGAGACGGACUCGGAGUUUAGGUGUCCCAUUCCCAAGUACUUACGAACCGUCAGUCAGAUGCACUUGCCUCAGAUGCUCUCCCCCUUGCCUCUCACGCCAUUGAGGCGAGACGAUUAUGGUAUGUCCGAUUCUGAGUCUGACACGGCGGCUCUCACUCCCAGAGUCGAUCGAAUGAAUGAUUUCCGCUUGAGCGCGGCGUCGACCAGCCCCCACCGAACUCUUAGUCCUCAACGGAAAUCGAGUCCUAAUGAGGUGAUUCGGCCCGAUCUUGGAGCUUCGGCAUCCGGAUCGGCGCCCAGUGAUGUUGAAAUCUUCAAGAGUCCACCCGCUAGAGUUGACAGUCCGGUCCGAGCUCAAAGUCAAGGCAGUCCUGCCGGAUUAUCGCCUAUGAAGAUGGUGCUCAAGAAAGAUGGAUCCAAUGACUCUUGGCAAAUCAAUCCGAAUGAGAACAGCAGUUUACCCUUGGCCUUACCCGAUUUGGAUCAGAAGCCCGUGACUGAUGUUGAUGAUGAUGACGAUGAUGGUCAGACGCACAAAUCAACUCCUCCCGCCCUAGAGCCUGAGACGCCUAUAGCUGAAAAAAUGUCCUCGCCAGUCUCGCCCAUCAAAUCAUAUUCAAAGAAAAAGAGUGCCAAAGCAUCACCCGACAACCAAGUCUUGGGCAGUCUGAGUAAUCGCUUAUCAAUGAAUGUGGGUGUUCCAAUCUCUAUUGUUUUGCCUAAUUCAACCCAUGACCUCCCACCUCCAUCUGAGAAAGAAAAUCAGGAGUCGUCAGCAAUCUACAUCAGCAAUCUCUCCAAACGCUUGAACUUGACCCCCGACGACUUUGACCGCGAGUUCAAACACUUGGUCAAAGGACUGGGACAGGACCCCGUGAGCUUGGACUUUAUUCAAAAAGUGCAAAAAUCCUUUAAAGCACAUCAAGGCCAUGCUUCGGAUCGAUCUGCCCCUAAGCUAGUGUUCCAUGUCGGUGAUGGGAAGGCUGCGAUUGAUCUGCCCCAAGACACCAUGGACGUAUCUGUGAAUGCUCAGAAGGAUAAUGUGUCCAUGUACUUGUGCUCCAAUUCCGAUGGAGUAGAAGGCCAAGCUUUGAAAGUGGCAAUUGCCCCAGGAACACUAACUACGCCGGAGCGAUAUCGGCCGAAGCGAGGACGACCGAAGAAAGUCGUUCCUGAAGUGCCCGGUCCCACUCGAUUCCCUUGUCCCGAGGAAAUCCUGAAUCAGUCCCACCAAAUACAAGUGGGUGAGAACGAUGGGUUGCCCUAUUAUGGUCCAGAGUUCCAAGCUUUCCUCAAUGAUCCCGAGCAAGUCGCUCAAUUCAAGCAUCACAUCCAGCUGCUGAUGCAAGAUUUCCCCCUGGACCAAGCUUGGCUUCAGAGUGGCGUUGAUCCAGUGGUAGCCAUGCUCAUUUGUCGGGCUUGCUCCAACAUGGGGGGGCCAAUUGACUUCCUCGCCGUGUUGAAUUGGUAUGGCAAACUGACCAAUUACGAAACUUCCAAAUCCCAACAACCGACCGAUUCCAAUCCCUCUCCAUCAACACCCAGCAUCAGUACUCCUCCGUCAUCAAGGAAAGUGAUUGCCCACGUGUCGCCAAUGUCAAGUCCUCCGGGAGCAAACUCCCCCAAACCACCCACGACCAGUCCAGUGAUUAAGACUGAGAUUAUUGACUUACCUUCACCCUCCAUCGGGAGUAACAAGUCGGUGAUCCCUGGCUCAGUUCGACCCGGCCCCCGGAGCGUCAUCGAAGUUGCCGGCCAAGCACCAGCUACUAGUUCCGGUCUAGUGGGCAAGGGCAAAUAUAAGAUGACUUGCACUGUUAAUAACAGCCUUAUUGGACCUAUUUGCGUGGAAACUGAGGCUGAAAUGAAGGCUGUCAUGGCCAUAAUUCGUGAUAACUCGGCCAAAAGUGCACACCGCGGUCAGGCUUUGAUCAAAUCACCUCAGUACUUCAGUGAUGCCGCCAGUGCGAGGAGUCUCUUAAGUACUGAGAUAACGGCCUACUUGGACAAGGCCUUUACCCAAAAAGGACUGAGUGAGAAUGUGAUCGGAAAGAAGAAGAAAAACUACCCCAAGCGGAGUCAGGUGAUCAAAAUUGAUCCAAAAACGGGGGAGAAGAUUUAUCCCCAAGGUGCCAACAAGACCGAGAUAUUGAAGAUCAAACAAGAAUUUGAUGAAGCCCAGGCGACCAAAAAGCUAGAGGCUGAAAGAAAAAGAAAAAGCGACUUAAUACAAGAGAGUGAGCUCAAAGCCAAGCGAAAAGAAGAAAAAAACAGCACUGAAGCCCAUUUUGAAGCAGCGGCCACCAUCUUAUCCAUAUCCUCAGUGGACUCGACUCAAGCCGCUUCAUUCGCACCACGAACUUCUGCCUCCAAACUGUCUCCGAUCAAACCUUUUGCUGUUAAGUCUGUUCCAGUACCCUUCAGCCCGGCAAAGCCGCCGACUUCUGUCCCUCUUACUACCUCAAAUCUUCUCAACCUGAGUCCAACCCGGAAUUUGCCCACUCCUCAGAAACCACAAUACAUGAUCCAUACUUUGGAACCACCACCACCUCAAGUGGUCUCAGGCCCUACAAGUGAGUCUGCAAUCACUCCUGCAAAUUCAAAUUCAGCCCCAGUUUUGACCAAGAGACCGGCCCUGCCCCAAAUGCAACCCCAACCUCCAAAUAAGGGUCGGAGAAAGUAUGGAGGAUAUAAGGCGAAGAAACCUGCCCCUAAAGUUAGGGAACCUGUUAGCGACGAAAAGAGUCAGUCCAUCGCAGCCAAGAUCUUGGAACUACCCUUGAGCCGAUUGUUCGCCGAAGUAGAGGCCCCCACCCCACCACCCCCAAAAGCUGAACGGCAACGGACUUCGACACGAACACCCAGGACAACAUCAGCUCAAAAGGUUACCACGACAAAAACCAAAGUCGAUCUUGAGGCCAAAAGGCCAGAACCUCGAGCAUCCUCCAACUUGCCUGAAACCAAACCAACUGCGAACUCUAAACCAUCGGUUUCUUUGGAUGCGCCUAAAACGACGUCUACUAGUAAUAUUUUUGUCAGAAAAGGUCAAGAGACGAAAGUACAAAGGCUUUUGAAGAAGCGGAAGGUUUACUCAGGCUUUGCGGCUCAAAAGUCAAGUGAAAAGCCACCUGAAACUCGCCAAGAGCCGCCUAAAUUAGCCUUUUCCAAGGCUGACAACAUUGGUGGUGUGAAGCGUUUAAUCAAAUCCAAUGGAGAGGUGGUGGAAAUCCCGGUCGCUAGUCAAAACCAAUCCAUGGCCAUGGCACGAAAUGCUUCUUCGUCGCAAAACACCCCUUCGAAAAGAGUGAAGAAGCCUGCCAAAACUUCUCAAGAGGAGCAAGACAUCCUUGCUGACUUGUUCAAAGUGGCGGAAACUCUGGACAUUCCUCCGGUGGUGCCUUCCCCAAUUCGAAGCAAUGACCCUUUCGAGUCCAAUAACGCCAUUAACGACUUCAAUUUGGCUAUGGGAAUGGGAAAUCCCAUUGGAGACGAUGUUUCGCAAGUCUUAUCUUUUGAGGACAUGUUCUAGCCGACUCGGUGAAUCAAUCCAUACAGGUAUCAAGAUAUUCAGUUAUUUAGGGUGAUUUAUUACCUAGUCAAUACAUCAUGAAAAACGUGAUUAAACACCCAUUGCAAUCUUCAUAA